UGUGGGGACCCGCUCGGCACUGGGCUGCAGGGGACCGGGCUACAUGGUGCAGUAGUGUUCCAAACGGAGGCUGGCCUCACCUGGGAAGCCAGAGAGUCCAAGGGAGUCCACCUGGAACGGCCCAAGUCGGUGAGGCAAGGACGGCGCCUGACGUCCGGGGGCCGCAGAUGGCAGCUAUCAAAAGGAAAUAGGAUCAUGGCAGCAGAUGAUGACAAUGGUGACGGAACAAGUUUAUUUGAUGUCUUUUCUGCUUCUCCUCUCAAAAAUAAUGAUGAAGGCUCAUUGGACAUAUAUGCUGGGUUGGACAGUGCUGUCGCUGACAGCACUUCGAAAUCCUGUGUACCAUCCAGAAAUUGUUUGGAUUUGUAUGAAGAGAUCUUGACUGAAGAAGGAACUGCAAAGGAAGCAACAUAUAAUGAUUUACAGGUAGAAUAUGGAAAAUGUCAGCUGCAGAUGAAAGAACUGAUGAAAAAGUUUAAGGAAAUACAGACACAGAAUUUCAGCUUGAAAAAUGAAAACCAGUCUCUUAAGAAGAAUAUUUCAGCACUUAUCAAAACUGCCAGAGUGGAAAUAAACCGCAAGGAUGAAGAGAUAAAUAAUCUUUACCAAAGAUUGUCUGAGUUUUCUCAUUUUCGAAAUAAUCAUAAAACUUCAAGGACAUCAGAUGCAAUUAGAACAAAAGAUCUUAGAUCCAGGUCUCCCCAUUUGGACGAUUGUUCAAAGACUGACCACAGAGUGAAAAGUGAUGUUUCCAAAGAUGUACAUCAUAACACUUCACUGCCAAACCUGGAAAAGGAAGGAAAAUCACAUUCUGAAAAAAAGAAUACUUCACAUUUGCCUUCAUCUGUUGAGAAACACUGCACAAAUGGCAUUUGGUCACGUUCUCAUUAUCAGAUGGGUGAAGGUAACUCAAAUGAAGAUAAUAGAAGAGGGAGAAAAGACACUAGACAUAGCCAGUAUGGCAGAGGUACUGAUAGAAUACGAAAAGAUUUAAGUAAUAACUUUGGUGAAGGGGAACCAAGAAACACAGAGACUAGUCCAAGGCUACAAGGGCAUUCUGAGAAGUAUGGUAAAGGUGAGCCAAAGACUGAAAGCAAAUAUUCAGUGUUCAAAAGUAAUACAGAUUUUGACUAUAAAAGUGAACGUAGUAGCUCUUCCUGGGAAAAAGAGACCUCUAGAGAAAGGUCACACGUGCGAAUAGAAUCUCAAAAUGACAAAAAACUAGAAAGACAAAGUGAAAGAUUACAGAACACAGUUAGAAAAGAAUUAAAAUCACAAGACAGAGAAGAAAGAAAAGUUGAUCCAAAACUUAAAUCAGCAAUAAAAGAUCAAGAUCACUGGAGGAGAUCUGAACGAGCAUCGCUUCUUCAUUCUACAAGUGAAAUAAAAUCUCAUAGUUCCAGUAAAUACCAUCCAGAGGAGAGAAGAGGAAGGGAAGAUUGUAAAAGAAACAGGAACUUGAGCAGUCAUAAUUUUCAAGUUGGAAGAUGUUUAUCUUCUUUUUCAAGCAGUAGAGCUCAUAAACAUGUGGAAUUGAAGGACGUUGAUGGUACACACCAAUGGGAAAAUACACCUUUAAAAACCGAGAGGCAUAGAAAUGAAGAUAAGAGGAAAAGAGAGCGAGAAGAUAAAGAAGAAAAUCGGCAUAUGAAAAACGACAAAAAAUCACCUAUAGAACAUUUGCACAAGACUAAUAAAGAAACUAAGAAAACUACUGAUUUAAAGGAACAGAACGGGACAAAAAAUGAUAAAGAUGAAGUCUCUAAUAAUGAAGUUUCUGAAGGAAUGGAUAAUAAAGAGUUUGCAAUGAAAGCUGAGAAUGGUACAAAAGAAACAAAAAAUAAAGACUUAAAGUUAAGUUUUAUGGAAAAAUUAAACUUAACUCUUUCUCCUGCUAAAAAGCAGCCCGUUUGUCAGGAUAAUCAUUAUAAAAUAACUGAAACUUCUAAAGCUAAUGACAUAUGUGGUUCAGAGUCCUCAGUGCAGGCCGAAACAGUGACUUGGGUGCCCUCUGUCAGUGAACAUGUCACUGAGAAAACCAUAUCAAAGUUGCUAGAGCCAAAGGAUGGUCUUCCAGCAGUAUCUGAACUCAGAAGCUGUAGUCCAGAAAGCAAAACAGAAAAGACUAGUUUGCUUAUUAAGUCUGUUGAGGAUACUACACCUUGUGGAGUGCCCAUUUGUGGUCCAGAGACUUCCUCCGCAUCUGUAGAAGCAGAACAAACAGAAUCCUUGUUUACAUCAACAGCAGAAAUGGGAAAAACCAUUGAUGGUGCAGCUGUAGCAGAUUCUGUGGUAAUGAAUGUAUUAAAAACUGACUUUUCUCAAAACUUAGGCCUAGAACUGGAUACCAAAGGACAUGAUGAUUUGAAUUCUUGUGAUAUUUCUGAGACUAUGGAAAGGAAAGAGGGUCACUCAACUAAAGUGGCUGAAACCAGCGAAAGUGUUCUACAACCCUUGGUUGAAGAAGCUAGCAUUUUGCCAGUAAAUCCUUCACAACUAGAUAAUCCCAAACUUAAGCCUUCUCUUACAGAUACACCUCUGAAUGAGAGCAGCUCUUGUCAUUUGGAGCCCUGCAUAUCUAAAGAAAUUUUAACAUCUUCACUUCAGCAGACUGAAUUGAUGAAUCACAGAAUGGACACUGGAGAGACAAAUUCAGUAUAUCAUGAUGAUGAGAACUCAGUUUUGAGCAUUGACCUCAGUCAGCUGAGGCCUAUUCCAGAAGCCAUCAGUCCUCUAAAUAGUCCAGUGAGACCUGUGGCAAAAGUUCUCAGAACGGAAAGCACACCUCCAGUUGCAUUGUAUAAUAAAGGUGUGCUUCCACCAAAUUCAACUUACUCAACUUCCAAGAGUCAGUCUGAUCUCAACAAGGAAAAUCAAAAGCCAGUUUGUAAAUUUGACAAAUGUACAGAAGCAGACUCCUAUAUGAAUUCAUCUUUACAUGAACUAGAAGAAGGAGAAAUUCUAACUGACAGUGAAGACUCCAGUGUACAAACAAAUUUGGAGAAAAAUGACAAACCUAAAUCUGCUGCAGCACAGAACACAAAAACAAACUCAGGAAGUAGGAAAAGCGCUGCUCAUAUGAACAUAGACCAUAGGAAAACAUAUGUAAAAAUCCACCAGACCAACACUAGGUGGCACAAAAACCCAAGUGGAUCUCAGAGGUCUUCAAAAACAAAGAGAAAAGAUGAAACAAUGAGUACUUCCAGCUUGGAGAAAAUAGUUUCAAUCAUUGCUGUGCCUUGUUCUAUAGGAGAGAUUAUGCAUAUGUUACAAAUGAUUAAAAAGCAUGUAAAGAAAAAUUACAUGAAAUUCAAGGUAAAGUUUUCAUUGCUACAAUUUCACAGAAUUAUUGAGUCUGCUAUUUUGAGUUUUACUUCACUAAUUAAACACCUUGACUUAUCCAAGAUCUCUAAGUCAGUAACUAGUUUACAGAAGAAUCUCUGUGAUUUUAUUGAAUCUAAACUUAAGGAAGUUAAGAAAAAUGGCAUAGUUGAUCGCUUAUUUGAACAGCAGCUGCCAGAUAUGAAAAAAAAAUUAUGGAAGUUUGUAGAUGAACAACUUGAUUAUUUGUUGGCAAAGCUUAAGAAAAUCUUACUGAAGUUUUAUUCUCUAAACUUUGGAAGUGACAGUGAUGAAGAAAAGCUUGAAAAAGCAAAAAAAGACAGAGUACAAUAUUCAAAUAGACAGAAGGGAAAUCUCGAUGACAACAAAAAAGAAAUGCUAAGAGAAAAGUUGCCAAAAUCAGAACACUCUGUAAAUUUUAAGUCUUUGCCAGGAUCUAAAAAAACUGAGGAAAAACAAGAUCAGAAUAACUCCGGUAUUAACAUUGUAAAGCAUGACAUUAAAAGAAGUUUUAACACCUGCUUUGAUAAUAUAAAAAACUGUCAAUCUGAAGCACACUCUUUGGAACUAAACUGUCUGAAAGGCUCUAAGCCAGUUGAAAAUGAAAGCAACGCUGUAGAGGAUUCACAAUUGCCCCAGCAUGCUUCUUUGAAGUCAGAACGUGGUUUUGAGAUUCUUACUGAACAGCAGACAUCAAGCCUUACUUUUAAUUUAGUGAGUGAUGCUCAGAUGGGUGAAAUAUUUAAAAGUUUAUUACAAGGUUCUGAUCUUUUGGACAGCAGUGUUAAUUGUACUGAUAAAUCUGAGUGGGAGUUAAAGACUCCAGAAAAACAGCUUCUAGAGAGUCUUAAAUGUGAAUCUAUACCAGCUUGUGCAACAGAAGAGCUAGUUACAGAGGUGAUUUCUCCAGGUCCUAAAAUGAUUAGUGAUGAUAAUUGGUCUUUAUUAUCAUCUGAAAAAGGUCCAUCUCUGCCUUCAGGACUUUCUUUGCCAGUUCAUCCUGAUGUUUUAGAUGAAAAUUGUAUGUUUGAGGUUUCUACUAACCUUGCUCUAAAUAAAGAAAACAUAUGCAGUUCAGAAAAGAGCAAGGCCUGCAUUUCUUCCAUACUCAUUGAAGAUCUUGCAGUCUCUUUAACUGUACCUUCACCCCUGAAGUCAGAUGGUCAUCUCAGUUUCUUAAAACCUGAAGUUUUGUCUAGUUCAACUCCUGAAGAAGUUAUUAGUGCACAUUUCAGUGAAGAUGCUUUACUUGAAGAAGAGGAUGCAUCUGAACAAGAUAUUCAUUUAGCUCUAGAGUCUGAUAAUUCAAGCAGUAAAUCAAGUUGUUCAUCUUGGACAAGCAGGUCUGUUGCCCCUGGUUUUCAGUAUCACCCUAAUCUACCCAUGCAUGCUGUCAUAAUGGAAAAGUCCAAUGAUCAUUUUAUUGUCAAAAUACGGCGUGCAGCUCCGUCCACCUCCUCCGCUCUCAAACAGGGUAAGGUAGCUGAUGAGUCAUUGGCGUCUUUGCCUGGAGAUGAAAAGGAAACUGAUGAUGUAGCAAAGAAGGAACAUAUUUCAUGUCAGCAUGCAGGUUUUAAGUCUGUGGAGGAGCUGGAAACCUGCAACAAUAGCAAUACCAGUAAAUCAGUUAACGAACAGAGCUCUGUGAUACAAACACAGGUUCCUGAUAUAUAUGAAUUUCUUAAGGAUGCUUCAGGAAAGGCCAGUCAUGAUGAUGAAGUACCUGGUAAUUGUUUCAAGUUGCACCAAGUAUGGGAAUCGAAAGUGCCUGAAAACAUUGAAGAAUUGCCUUCAGUGGAAGAAGUUCCACACUCUGUCGAGGAUCAUCUUCCAAACACAUUAAUAGACUUAACAAAAGAUCCAGUAACUGAGACAAAAAACUUGGGGGAAUUAAUAGAAGUAACAGUUUUAAAUAUUGAUCAGUUGGGAUGUUCUGGAGACAACUUAGAUCAAAGUGCUCAAAUACUGAAUCAUUCUUUGAAGCCCGAAACUAUAGAUGCUUUUAUUGAUUUAACACAAGAUGCUUCAAGCAAAAGUAAAAAUGAAGGUAACCAUCCUGUGUUAGCAGUGGAAGGCUUGGGGUGUCAGGUGAUAUGUGUGGAUGAAGACAACUGUAAGGAAAAGGUGCAACUGGCAGGCAGGCCUUUGGAAUAUGUUGGUGAAGAAACCUGUAUAGACUUGACCACAGAAUCUCCUCAUUCAUAUGAAGUAAAGAAAGAUGAUUUAAAAUCAGAACCAGUGUCAAAUUCUAAUGGUUCAGAGUUGCCUGGGACUUUAGCUAAUGUUCAAAAGAAAAGAAAAAAAUUUUCUGACCUAAAUCAUUCUCAGAAGAAACAAAGACAGGAGACAGACUUAACCAAUACAGAAGAGACAAAGAAACUUAUCCAAGAUUCUAAUGAAGAUAAUGAAGCUCUUCAAAAGAAAGCCAGUAAGAAAGGGACGGUGAAUAAAGAUUCUUCCUCAACAGUAAGCCAGGAGAUUAAGAAUUCACCAGCACCUCUUACCACUUCUCCUACAAGUCUUUAUGCAAAGAAUGUUAUUAAGAAGAAGGGAGAAAUUACACUUUUAUGGACAAGAAAUGAUGACCGGGAAAUUUUACUAGAGUGUCAGAAAAGAAGGCCAUCGCUGAAAACGUUCACACAUUUAGCUGUCAAAUUAAAUAAAAAUCCAAAUCAGGUUUCAGAAAGAUUCCAGCAGCUAAAGAAGCUCUUUGAAAAGUCGAAAUGCAGGUAGCUAAUGGUCAAACUACAGGAGACUAGUAUAGAAAAUGAUUGACACAUCAUACAUCAUUUGCAGCUGGCCCAUUAACCACUGCAGAUGUGGGCAGUGGGUGAGGGAGCAGCACCGGUAGAGUUCCCGCGUCAGUCACAGGUUGGGACGCUUGCAGGCAGCCCAGGUUCUGGCAUGCACAGGGCCAUACUCCUGAAGCCUGCUGCAGACCAGCAUGGCAUCUCCUCAGCUUUCAGAUUGCUGAUGAGUCUAAGGUGAGGGAUAUCGAUUUGAUAUGACUAAUAAUUUCUUUUAGAUAAAGAAGAAUAAAGAAAAAUAUUUGUGACUAAUACUAUAUUUCAUAACUGGUGAAGUCUAUGUGGUCAUUAUAAUUUAAUAUUUCUCACAUUUUUAUGAGGCAUACUUAUGCUUUAGAAUACAAGAUAUAUGUUCCUAAUAUGAAGUCCAUUGACAUCUAAAUAGAUGACAGCAUUACUGCAUUAAGUUAUUGAUACUGUUCACAGACAUGCUUGCUCAGUUUCUUUAAGCCAUUCGUGCAUAUUAAAAACUAAUAUUUAAAUUUAUUGGCACGUUUUUAUGUCAGACUUCAGUGAAGUGCUUUUUUGGAUUUUCAGGGAAGAAAAAAUAAUAUUAACAUUUACUGUAUUCGCUGUAUUUUUCAUUGGAUUUUUAGUAAAAAUUAUUUGAAUGCAAAACAUCUAGUUUUAAAUUAAGUUCAAAUUAAAUCCAAAUAGAAGCUAUUUGGACACAGAUCAAUCUUUAUUUCUACCUCCAUGUAAGUUACUAUCUAAUACUAAAGCAACUGGUUUGCUAGUGAGAUCUUCAAAAGAUAUUUGCUGGUUUACUGUGAAUUUGUAUCACAGUGUCUCCACCAAAUAAUGGAGAAUUUUGGAAAGAAGCUUAGUCUAAGCCUAAAGAACUUUAAAAGAAUACAGCAUUAGGCAUAAGUGGCUUCCUUAGUUUACAGAUUGUGUCUCCAUUAAGGUUUCUGCUACCUUUAAAAAACUAACCUCAAUUUGUUACUUUAACAUUACCUAAAAAUAUGAUUUCUGUUCUCUUGUGAAGAUAAUAUAAAUUCAGAGCGGAACUAACUUGGUUCUGGAAAUGAUGCUAAAAUUUCAAAUUCCAUUGUACAUGUAAAAUCAUUAAAAGUUUUGCAGAUAUAAAAUCUCUCAACUAAUUUGAUAUUUGGGGAGAGUGUAUGAUCAUACACAGAUUUAUUUCAUUCCUAGUUGUCUCUUAACUGAUUUUACUUUCCCCCAAGUAUUAUGGUUUCAUUAAAUUCUUACCAAAAUUGCAGUAUGACAGUGGUUAUCAAACAGAUUCUGUAAAAGUUGUAUUUUUAACACCAGUACUAUGUAAGUAGAGGUAAAAAGGAGUACUUACACAGGUGGACUUGGUAAUUCACAGCUGUAAUCCCAGCGCUUGGGAGGCUGAAGCAGAAAGAUCACCAUGAUUUCGAGGCCAUUCUGGGCUAC